AAAUUUGACAUUUGACAAUUGUGUAAUUGAUAAGUAAUAAGUAUAAAUAGAUUGAUAAGGAUCAAUAAUUUAUAUUAUACAGUCAACUUUGAGCUGAUAACGCGUAGUGCGGACUACAAACUGCGAAGCAUUUCUAGUGCUAAGUGUAAGCUGGGUGCUUGCGGUAUUAGUCGCACGAACAUUAUAUUUAGUAGUGCAUUUUAUUUACUCGCGUGUCUCUAGCGCACUGUUCACUGUUCAGUCAGUAUUCGGCACUGAUAGUGUAAUAUUGUAUCAUCAAAUUAUAUAUUUCUUUACAUUUUAAUUCCUAACUAAAAAUGUCGUACGAUUCAACUCCUAGAGUUCUGUCAAUUCAGAGUCAUGUGGUACAUGGAUAUGUAGGCAAUAAGAGUGCUGUGUUCCCUUUACAGGUUCUAGGAUUUGAAGUUGAUUUCAUCAACACUGUUCAGUUUUCCACUCACACAGGAUACAAACACCUUAAAGGAACUAUGUUACAAAAUAAAGAAAUGGAAGAAAUUGUAGAAGGUCUCAUUUUAAAUGAUGUGGACUACUACACACACUUUUUGACUGGUUAUUCAAGAUCACCGGAAUCAUUAAAACAAAUUGCUGAGGUCAUUAAAAAAUUGAGAGCAAAAAAUCCAAACCUGACCUAUGUUUGCGACCCGGUAAUGGGUGAUAACGGUAAAAUGUAUGUCCCCGAAGACAUCUUGCCGGUGUACAGAGAUGUUCUCGUUCCUUUGGCCGAUAUCAUCACACCGAAUCAGUUUGAAGCUGAACUGAUGACCGGAAUGCCUAUGAAGGACUUAGACGGAGCUCUAAAAAUUAUCCAGGCCUUGCAUGCGAAGGGCGUUAAGACAGUGGCUCUUUCCAGCACGGAAUUAGGUGAUGACAACACAAUGAUUGGCAUGGCUAGUUCUGGAGAUUCGUGCUAUAAAAUAGAAAUACCACAAUGUGACUCAAAGUUUACUGGGACAGGAGAUGUGUUCUCUGCAUUAUUUUUGGCGUGGUACCACAAAACUAAUAGUGACGUUAAAUUAACUCUCGAAAAGACUAUCGCUACACUCCAAACAAUAGUUAAGGAUACGUAUGAGAAAGCUAGAGUUAUUCAACCGACCGGUGAAAUCUCUCCGAAGCUUAGAGAGUUAAGAUUGAUCCAAAACAAGGCCACAAUUGAGGACCCGGUUAUCGAGAUUAGAGCGACGAAAAUUUAAUGAUAAUAGCAAAUAGUACCUAAAUCAUAGAACUCAAUGUGCAAUGACGCGUGGUUACAAGAAACAAUAUAUAAAGACAAUAUUAAUUUACCUGUAUAGUAUAAAUCUUGUUGAUGUAAGUGGCGUAGCUAUGCAAUUUAUGUUAAAGAAUUCAAGGGGUGAAUAAAGGUAUUUUAUAAGUAUUUGCACACAUCCGUGCACAUUUUUACCUCGGGUACGCCAAUAGAUUUAAAAAAUCAUAUCUAUUUUGUAUAUAAAUCGGUUAUAACUUGUAAUAUAGUCGGCUAACCUAUAACUAUGAAUUUUAAAUAUCUUAAGGCCUCACCACACUACGCCACGGAGAGUUGGAAGCUAAACCGUUUAUAUUAUGGCACCGUUUAGAAUACAAUUGCGUUCGCGUACUUAUAACACAAAUUUUACUUGCUUUUUUUGAUUGCUUUGAACAACAGCUUGUGAAUAGUUACACUGGCUACAAUGUUCUUCAAACUUGAACACAAAA